GGACCCCCCGGCGGGGGCGGGCAGGGAGGCGCCUUCUCCAUCGACGCCCUGAUCGGUCCCCCGCCGCGGCGGCCGGGCCCCGUGCUGUACGCCGGCUACCCCAUGUUCCUGCCUUACCGGCCCCUGGUGCUGCCGCAGCCGCUGGCCCCCGGGCCGCUGCCCGCCGCCCUGCCGCCCCUGGCCCCGGGCCUGGCCUCCUUCGCCGGCCGCCUGGCCAACACGUUCUGCGCCGGCCUGGCCCAGCCGGUGCCCCCCAUGGUGGCGCUGACCACGGCGCUGCCCGCCUUCCCCGACGCCCCGCAACCCUUCUACGGGAGCCCGGACCUCGCCGCCGCCGCCGCCGCCGCCGCCGCUGCCGCCGCCGCCGCCCGGGGCCACCCCCAGCCCCCGCCCCUGCGGACCCAGCACCCGCCGCAGCCCCGGGACAAACUGGCCGAGCCCCCGCACCCGCCACCCCCGCACCCGCCGGACCCGCACCCGCCGCCGCCGCCGCACUUGGCCGACACUUUCCCAAGUCUGACGGCCGAGGGGAAGGCGUACAGCUCGGACGAGGAGAAGCCUGAGGGACCGGCGGGGGAGCCGGCGGGCAGCGAGCCGGAGGAAGAGGGCUCGGGCGGCGACAGCGACGACGGCGAGGACGACGACGACGGUUUCCGGGAGAGCGCGGCGGUCGUGGGACCCACCGGGGCCCCGCUGGGGCCCAAGGUGAAGCUGAAGGGCGGCCCGGGGGGCGUCGGCGAGGGGGGCCCGGGGCCGGCCGGGGCCGCGGCGCCCGGGGGCAAGAGCCGGCGCCGGCGCACGGCCUUCACCAGCGAGCAGCUGCUGGAGCUGGAGAAGGAGUUCCACUGCAAGAAGUACCUGAGCCUGACCGAGCGGUCGCAGAUCGCCCACGCCCUGAAGCUCAGCGAGGUGCAGGUCAAGAUCUGGUUCCAGAACCGCCGCGCCAAGUGGAAGCGCAUCAAGGCCGGCAACGUGAGCAGCCGCUCCGGGGAGCCCGUCCGGAACCCCAAGAUCGUCGUGCCCAUCCCCGUGCACGUGAACAGGUUCGCUGUGCGGAGCCAGCACCAGCAGCUGGAGCAGGGGGCCCGACCCUGA